AUGUGAACAAGUCCCAUGGAGCUCAAGUGCCUUUUGAUGUGGCUCUUGUUUGGAUUUGUCAAGGGGAACAAGCCAGAAGAAUGCCCAACUCUUCCAAUGACCCAAUUUGCUGAUGUUACUGCUGAAACGUAUCUACUGGGGACCAAACUGUAUUAUAAAUGUGACAGUGGCUAUAGAAGAAGAAGUGGCCAGUACUUGGGAAUUCAGUGUCGGAGUAUAGAGGGGGUUGCUUCUUGGCUCUACAAGGAAUUUGAAUGUAUUGAUAAGAAAAUUUUCUUGUCAACAGCUCUCACAGAAUUAGAUUUUACACAGAAGCCAGAAAGAAAAAGACAGAGCCCUGCACUCCAGAAACCAGAAAACUUUUCAGAGUUUGCCCAGAAAGAUUUUUGUGGUCCGCCCAAGACUAUUUCACAUGCCUCUUUAAACCUGGACAAACAGUAUUAUUACAUGGGACAAGUAUUACAUUUUAAAUGCCAGAGCAGUUAUGAUAAGCAACCCCCGGCCUCUGGCACCCUCAGGUGCGAGAAGGUGAAUGGCAAAAUCAUCUGGACCCCCCUUGACAUGAGAUGCACCAAUGACAGUGACGAGUGGCUGUCACAGACUAUCGAGCCAGGUUUGACUCAUCCAUCCUCUUCCUCAUCUGUGAUACUGCCAGUGACAGCUAUCUUUUUUGUUCUGCCUAUCAUUCCUGCUGUCUUUGUGUGA